AUGAUUGAUAAAGAUAUCAAAAUGAAAUCUCUUAAAUUAGAAUUAGAAAGUUGAUAAACAUAAGUAUUAUAAUUAGAAAUAAAAGUAGAAACUUUAGAGACACGAAUUAAUUAGAAUGUAUAUAUAUUAUAGUAAAUUUAUAAUAAAAUUGGUAUUCACUAUAUUUCUAAAAUAAAAUUUUUGUUGAAAAAAACUAAAGCGAGUGAAAAACUAAGGAAAGAGAAUUUAAAGUAUAAGUUAUAUCAAUAAUUAAAGCAAUUACUUAAGUCGCAUCAAGAUGAGCAUAUAAUUAUUAAGGCUGAAUUGGAAUUAAUUAAUUAAUAGUUGGUCAAUCAAUAGCAUAAAAAUAGUAAUAAUUCUGGAUGGGAAUAAAUGAUUAGAGUUAUAGUUGGAUUGUAAUGAUAUAAAAUUGAUUAAAGAGAAGUUUAUUUAUAAUAAUAAUUUAAUGAACUUAGAGAAGGAUAAACUAUAAAAUUAAGUAAAAGAUUUAGAAGAAGAUAAGAAAUAGAUGUAAAAAACCUUAUAAGAUCUCAGAAAUAAACAAAAUAAAGAAUUAGAAACUUUGAGAGAAUAAAUACAUAGUUAUCAAAAUGAGAAGGUAUAAAUAAAGAGAAUGAAUGAGGAAUAAAUGAGAAAUUUAUCAAAAUUGGAAUAGCAAAUGGAAAACAAGGAUUAAAAUAAUGAUGAAGAGAUUGAUCAUGUAAAAAGAAAGAAGGAUUAAUUUUUAUGUUAAAAUGAUAGUAAUUCAGUACUUUUGAUUAUCUAAUAGAAUAAAAAAGGUAGAUUGAAUGAAAUCGAAUUUUUGAAAAAGUAAGUUCAAGAAUUGUAGACUGAGCUAGUGUUAUUAAAAGAAUUUCAUAAGACAGCAUAAAGUUCAUUGAAAUCUAAAAUGGAAUAAGCAGGUUAUUUUAAAGGAAGAUUAAAAAAGCUAGAUAUUGAAAACCAAGAGUUAUUGGAUUCGAAAAUAAGAUAGAGAGUUUAAUUUAACAAUUUUUGGAAACAACAAAAUCUAAAAAGAUUCAAAGAUUCAAAUUAAAUAUUCUAAAAAUUAGAUGAUAGGAUAUGA